AUGAGGCCGUUGGAUGCCCCUGGAUCAUCAGGGCAGUUUGUUAGGUUUCUGCAUCUCAUCAACCUUGAGGGGCCGGUCCAGGAACGCUACAGGGCACUGUUCCACAACGUCCGGGCUGUCAAGCCCAGGUGGCUACAUCCUUGCACGGCAGCGGGCCAGGUUGUCGUCAUCAUGGGCGCCGACUUUUCCGCGAUCAGGACAUUAAUUGUCCCUGCGAUCAUAGCCCUGAUUCUCUACCUCGUUUUAACCUUUGCCGUCAUUCCCAUCUGGCAACGAUACCGAAACCGCUACAGCCAAUAUCUUCCGCUCGAGACGAUAACCGAUGGAGCAUCAUCCCUGCGUGCACGCCUCACCGAUCGCAUUACUACAUGGUUUAUAACUUCGGCGUGGAGGGCCAGACUUCAAGAUCGCAUCGAUGUGGCUGAUAACCGCCCAAGUACUGACUUUGAUUCGGAUGACGGGGAGGAGCUGAACGAAGUGGAUGAAGCUCUCAGGAGGGCUCUGGAGCGCCGUGAACAGCCUACAAUCGACGAUAGCAAUAGGAGGCUAAGUAGAGAGUCAGUGACCCAGCUGGCUUCGCUCGGUGGGAUCGACUCUUCAAGACGCCGAGAUUCCCUCAACCAUUCUGACGAGUGGCCUAUAUCAGAUUCCGACCCUCCACCAUCACGGCACAUUCCGAAUUCCCAUAUCAGCUCCGGUACAUAUGACGAUCCCGCCUUGUUUACCCACGUGGUGCCCCGGAACAGCGGGUCCGGCAUCGUGGGGUUGGUUCCCCCACACGGUCUCGGAGGCUCCACUAAAGUGUAUCCCGUCACCGGGAACCGUUCGCGACUGCCGUUAUCCAUGAUAACGACCAAGAUUUGCGGGCUUCCGAAGAUCAACGUGGACCGGGACCUGGAGCCAGACGGAGCCUUUGAACCCACCGGCGCAACGAACUUUAUGAUCUUGAGAUGGCAGCAGUUCGUGACCGUCUUGGGCAGCAAAUUCACUAUUUGUUUUAUACACCAGAACGAAAGCUCGUUUACGGAUGGAUAG